CAGAAGAGAGAGAGGCGUCUGCCACUGACAGGGAAUAUCUGACAUUUUCCGCGUUGCAGGAGGCUGCAGCCCUGAUCCAGAGGACCGGGAUCCAGGCUUAGAGGCACCACCGCAGAUCCCACUAGCCGGAGUCAUGCAGUCCUUCAGAGAGCGGAGUGGUUUCCAAGGCAACCAGCACUGUUACCAGCAGGAACCCCAAGAAUUAUCGCGCCUUGAAAGUUACAGACAUCAUCACAGCCAGUCCAGGCAGAGCUACGAGGCACACUCUCUGCCUGCUGCGGGGAUGUCCACAGCGGGUGCAGUUUCUAAAGACUGUUAUGGGCAGCAGACCUAUCCUGUCUACACCAGCACCAGUGUUACUCAGACUAAAAAAACUUAUAGAGGAGUGAAAACUUCAAACCAGCACCUGCAGACUGGCUACAGCAAUCACAUGGGCCCUGGAUACACAGCCCAGUAUAUGAGCGAAGGUCACUUGCAGCAAAAAUGGGAUGAGUCAGCUCAGAUGACCCAGUAUGAGCAGGACAUGGUGGGAAGACUGGAGUCCGGGGCCAGUGGGUCAUCACAAUACCUAGAACAAAACAUGCUAGCUAUCUCUCAGAGCCAGUGCCAUCUCCCCUCACAGUCUUCUGCCCCUGUCUAUACAAGCCCCCAUCAACAAGGCCUUCCAUCUAAUCCUGCGCCAACUCCUUUAAUGUAUACACAGAACCACCUCCAUUUUCCUCAGCAACCUUCUUCCUCUUCUUCCUCAUCUUCGUAUAUUGAGAAAUGUAACCCUGUACAACAUAGCUACAAAGGCUAUGGCAUACCACCCAGUGCUCAGUAUUCAAGACAACUUAGCAAUCACAGCAAUUUAAAGCAGAGUGGAUAUAGGCCACAGAAUAAUUAUGCUUACCAGCAGACACCCUCAAGAUCUGGAUUCGAACAGAGCUCCCUGCAAGGGAUGUCUGGUUCACAGGAGAAUGUUCAGAAGUUCCAGCACUUCAAUCAGCCACAGCAAAACUACUGUAUAACAGAUAUUUCCGUAAGAUCUCCGGAACAAUACUACCAGACCUGCAGUCCAAGUUCUAGUCAUUCCCCUGCAAGGUCAGUUGGAAGAUCACCCUCAUACAAUUCCACACCAUCCCCACUUAUGCCAAACCCUGAUUCAUUCCAAUAUGGUCAACCUCCCAUUAACACUGGGGCUUCCUCGUCCACAGGUCUGCAAGACCAAAACAUGCUUAUGCCCCCCCACACCCAUGCAUCACCCAGUGGGAAUCACCAAUCGCAGAGCUUUUCCAGCUCCAUGAAAGAGCGGUUUUCUGAAAAGCUUCUUUCCAACCCAAGUUUGUGGAGCCUAAAUGCCCUGACAUCUCAGGUUGAGAACAUCUCGAACAAUGUCCAGCAUCUUCUUCUUUCUGAGGCCCUUAUGGCUAACAAAAAGACUAGCAAACGAAACCAUCCAAAAAAGGGAGAAGACUAUCGGGGCCAGUUAAAAGGUGUAGAAGAUUCGUCAGGUCCUGAUAACCAACUUGGUCCUCCUCCUACUGAUGGGUACAGCAUUCCUAGAUCCAUGACAGCAGAAUUACAGGAAGGUGGAUACUCCAGCAGCACAGAGGAGCAGAUAGACCGAAGCUUUUACUAUUUUGGUCAGGACAAAGGUCAAGCACACACCCAGACACACUCACGACAGAGCCUUGAUACAGUGUCUUCCUGCUCCUUAAACUCAGCCGAUGAUAUAUCUGUCAGGUCUGGUGACUCCGUGCGAAGUCUUCAGAGUGCAGCCUCGGAGGAUAAUCUCAAUUGUGACCCCAGAUUACAGAGGGUAUUGACUGGAGAGGAGCCCAACAGCUCUCUUGGGUGCAUUAGAGAUGAGAGGUCUCCCAUCAGUGCCCCGAGUCCUAUGAAACAGGAGAGUAAUUCACCACCAGAUAUAAAGCGUUCAGAGAGCACUCUUAAGGAGAACUUUGAGGAGUCAGCAUGGACUGAAAGGAUGGUUGAUGAGGAGGAAAUUGGAAGAAGAAAGCUGUUUUCAGAGCAUGAGUGUAAAGCAGAGGUCACUGAAAAGCCACAGAAGUGGUUGGAGGCUAAGAAAAGUCCUUCUCUUUUUCAUAAAAUAAAUAAAGCAGUAUUAGAAGAAGGUUACCCAUAUGAAGCUGAAAUAAAUGAUUACCAAGGGCUACAAAACAAAUUUGAUUCAGAUAAAGUGGACUCAGCACAGACGGAUUGCUUUUCUGACCUUAAUCGCAAAGGAAAUGAACGCACAGAAAUAAAGUUUGAAAAUUUUAAAUCAGAACCGCAACCCAAUGUAGAAACAUCACCACCAGGCAGUUCAGUAACUCAUCUGUAUUUGUCAGAGAAACAGAAAAACUCUAAGGAGGAAAAUUCGGUUGAGAGCCUCACAUGCACCGAAGGACCAAUGGACACCCCUCAGGAGCAGCCGCAUGUCUUCUCCCAUAAUUCCAAUGAGGUGAGAGAUGAAAAAGAAAGUCGGACAAUCUCAGAAGAUUUCCUAAAUAAUAGAGCAAGACCACAAGAAUCCUUCGCAGAAGUCUGCAGUACAUUUGAAGAGAUAGGGAACAUGCCUCAAGUCAACACAGAAACUGCACAAAGCUUUGCCCCUGACUCACCACACAGAGGCAGUAAAAUGAGGUCAGCUUUAUGUGACAUUGCACCUCAACUUCACACUGGCAACGGUGGCUUCUCGGCUCUCAAUGAGAAAACAACACCUCUGGCUCAGGUUAGGGAUCAUCACAUCGAUCGCAGUGAUGCAAAGGUACUGGAGCCUGACUCUCCUCAGUUGCCGGGCAAGUCAAUACUGCACUCCGCACCAUCCUGGGCUGACACCCCACCAUCCCCCAAGAAGGGAGAUGAAGAUAUGGAACCAUGUUUAAGCUGUCCCAGUGCAGUGACUCCAUCAUCCAAACUAGAUCCUUUGGCCCCAUCGACACAUAUAAGGAUGUUUGGUAAAAAGCAUGCACGGGGCAGGAGGAGAAUAAUACAUUCAACUGUGGGGAUCAGAAGGCAGCUAAGUGUAGAAGCAGACAGUGCUCCACCUUCUGCCCAAAAUCCCAGUAUGCCCUCCAGCAAAAGCGCCCUUAUUCCUGAUAAGGUGGAAACUGCCAAUCAGAAUAUCAGCAGUCAAACACCGAAACGUGUGACAGAUGGUCUACCGUCACGAAUGUGCACUCGCUCUUAUGGUUCACAAAGUAGCCAAAAGGUUUGCCCUCAAGAAAGAAGAAAACCAGGUCCCAAGCCGGGCUCAAAGCCUGGUCCAAAGCCAGGUUCAAAACAAGGUGCAAAGCCAGGCCCAAAACCUGGUGCAAAGCCUAGUUUAAAACCAGCUCCAAAAUCAGGUCUUAAACCUGGACCAAAGCCUGGUCCAAAAUCUAGUUCAAAACCUGGUCCCAAACCCGGCCCCAAACCCACAGAAGUUACAAAACCUGGUCCAAAACCUGGGCUUAAGGCCGGCAUGAAACCUGGUCCAAAACCUGGUUCCAAACUUGCUUCAAAGCCAGGGGCUUCACUGGGAGAAAAAUCUAUUACAAAGCCAUGUCAAACCACCACAGAGUUAAAGCUGACUGAGGGGUCAAUAACUAAAGGCCCUGGUCGACCAAAAGGCCUCACCUCAAAGAUAAAAUCAAUGAAGCAAGAUGACAAUGUUCCAUUGAUAACUGACCAUACCAAGGACACAAGAAUUGAAGUUAUUCAGGAAAAUUUGACCACUACAUUUACUUUGGGCACAGUUGUUGACGUUGUGGACACCCCAACAAAUGAAAUUGUGGGUUCCACUUUAGAAUCUUCUCUAGAUAGCAAGUCUUCAGCAAAAGACCAAAAGUCCAUGGUGCUGAGAUCAAGGAAACAAGCAAAAGAAAAAUUGAUUGAAGAGAAAGAAAAAGAGAAUGACAAACCAACUGAGCGAACUUCAGCAAAUCUCAUGGAUACAAAAAUGCAGGAUGUUACUGUGGAUCAACCAUGUGGGAUUGAUACUUCCAAUAUUGAGUUACCUAAGCAGGUCGAUCUCUCUACAGAUUCACUGCAACAUUCUAAUGAAGAGAUUAUUUCUAACAAAAGGAAAUACAGCUUACAGUCUUCAGACCCCCAAAAGAGAAAGAAAGGUUUGAAAGCUUGUCAAAAAAAGAUACUGGGGCCUCCAUCAGAAACUGUCACAGCAGUCUGCAUUCCAAAGCGAAAAAGAGGCCAAGAUUUGCAAGCAGAAUCUGUGAUCAGCACUUUGACCACAGAUAUCCCUCCCACUGAUGAAAUAGGUGACAUGCCUUCUGUACCUCCUCAGUGUCCUACUAAAACAAAAUAUUUACCUCCUCGAAAAGGCAGGGGGCUAAAAUAUGAGGCAAUGGUUCAAAAAAUCACAUCCCUAGGAUCUAAAAAACAAUCUCUAAAUAUUCAACCAGAUAUUGUACCAGAAGAAUCAACAUCAAAACCAGCACCAGAGGUACCGGAGCAGGGGAUAGUGAAGCCCCCUGAGGUAGCUCACACAGAAGCAGAGAGCACAAUGAGCACACACGAGAGCCAAAACAUAACAGGAAUUCAAACUCCUAGAAAGAAGAGGAGGAAGUGGGGCACUGUUGAGAGCAAUGAUGCACCAGAUCUAGCACUGGAGCCUGGGAGCCUUGUUAUCAACACACCUAGGCUAGCCAAACAGAGAGCCAUUAAAAACAACCAUGAGAUGCAUCUGAAACAACGUAAGAGGAGAAAAAAGGGGACUGAGCCACCAGAUAGCAUACCUGCUGAGGAGCAACAGGAGCCUGUCCAGACUGAUAUUCUGCCACCCCCUCCAUCCUCCUCCUCUUUUCCUGAAACAGUUGAACAAACACAGUAUGAGAAGCCACCAACAGAAUUAUGCCCACCAUUAACAAAACCCAAAAGAGGCAGGCGGCCAUCACUCAAAAAGAAACAAGAGGACGCCUCAAUACACAUAGGAGAUGACAAAGUUAAGGAGAAAAAAAAGCCUGGAUCCAGAAAAAAGAUUCAAAAGACUCUUAAUGUCCUCAGAGUUGUAGUGAAAAGAACCAAGCAAAAGACAAAAUGCAGCAUGGAUCUCCCUCCAACAGUGAAGGGAGGAUUAUCAGACUUGCAUCCAACACAGAGCGAUGGCAAAGACUCUUUCAGGCCAUAUGUGCACAUUGACAGCUCUUUGGAUCUAGCGUCGCUUUGUACAAUCGUCAACAGGCCUGAGGAAGAGCAGCUGCUCACCCAGCCAAGAAAAAAGAGUGCAGCUAAAACAAAAAAUCUAGUCGAGGUUACCGAGACAAUAUCAGACUCCUCAAUAAUGCUCCAGGGGCCCAUAGUAAACAAAAGUCUAGCUGACAGGUGUCUUACAUGCUGCCUAUGCAGAAAGCCAGCAAAUUACAGAGAGCUUGGAGACUUGUGUGGCCCUUAUUAUCCUGAGGACCAUAUACCACGAAAAAACCUGUCUUUAACAUACAGAAAUGACUUCAGGCAAAGCAGUGACAGUGCGCAAGAGACGAAGGUCAGGUGUAGUUCAGACAGCAUGAACUCACAGAGCGCUUGUGAAAAUGUACAUCUGGAGGGGACAAAGAACGGAGGUUGCGGGCAUCCCAGAAGGGGGAAAAGGGCGAAUAGGGAACAGUUAAGAACCCGCCCGACCUUGCGGAUGAGGUUCAAAAAACUGCUACUGUUGCAGAGCAGCCUUAGUGAAGCUGCUCCCCCUGUUGGGCAGGAGGCAACUGGAACUACGCUCCAAAGACAGCAGAUGGAGGCAGAGGCCAAAGAGCACUGGGCUCAUGAAAACUGUACGGUCUGGACCAGAGGAACAGUUUUGGUAGCUGGCAAACUUUAUGGGCUGAAGGAAGCUGCUCAGGGUGCUGAACAUGCAAAAUGCUCUCGGUGCCAGUUUGAGGGAGCUUCCAUCUGCUGCAGCUGGAAGAGCUGUACUCAGAGGUACCAUUAUGUCUGCGCCAAAGAGAUGGGCUGCACAUUUUAUGAGGAGACCUUCUCCAUCAGGUGUCCAAAACACAAGGUAGUUUAAUACACAGACACACGAGGACUGACGAUGAGGACAUGAGACUUCCUGUGAGCUGCUGCGGGCGCCACAGACGGACAAAAAGAAAUUGGGGCUUCAUGUGAAGCACAAAGGUACUGUAGCAAUACUGACCCAGGAUCAGAUCAUCCGGCCCGAUCCAAACCCAUCAUUCAUGGUGAAAAGCUGAAAAAGGGAAAGACACUUUUGCUGUGGAUCAGUAUGUGCCAUUCUUCCAUUUUUCCCCACGUUUUGGAAGGGAUGUUAUCAGUCGGUGACACCUGGUGGCAGAUUUGGCCAGAUGCCCUGAGCUCUGGCUGGCACAGUCGUAUUCCCGCUGUUGAAGGGAAUUGAAAUUUGAAGAUGUCAUGCAUCAUGCACUCACUGGAUGUAUUUCAAUGGACACUUACAUGUUACAAAGAAAAAACGAAACUGUUCAUGGUGUGCUUUACAGGUCUAAAUAUAAAUGCAUUAUUUUAAUAUACUCCGAGAUGUAGGCUUAUUUUCAUGUGCAUUUGAAGACAAAACUUGACAUGUCCAUUUGUGCGUUCACAGGUGAAAAUAAAUAAUUCAUAAUAAAAUGUGUAUGAGCUCUUCAGCGUUAAUUGAGGGAUAGUUCACCCAAAAAUGAUUUUAUGUUUGGUCUUAUUAUUUCUCCUCGUGUCAUUCCAAACCCUGACAGAUAUUAUCUUAACGUGAAAACAUAAAGCCUUGAUCUGAAUAUGCUCAAUAACUGGCCAACUUGGUCUGUUCUGAACUUGUAAUAUAGCGGCUGAUUCACAUUUACUGCUUUUAUAGCUUAAAAGUCCCUGUUCACUUUCACUUUACUGAAAAGAGCAGCAUGGACAGAUAAAACCUAGAGAACCUAAUCUAUGGGUUUAGAAAGACAUGAGGUUAAGUAAAUGAUGACAGAAUUUGCAUUUUUAUUUAACUGAGGCUGUGAAAUCACAAACAGGCGAAAUCCAUAUUUCAUGUAAAAGCGAUGCAGAAGAUUAACAAUAAAUACUUUAAAUGAGAAGUCACGGUCAUUUAUCAGAGAUACGUAUGUGACUGACAUAUUAUAGCCGCCAUUUCAUUGCAGUAUUACAGGCAAGACCGCACAUAGAGAUGACAACAUUGCGUAAUUAUUUGAUUCUAAGUACUUGUGUAUAUAAGUAUUUGCUGCUGUUUAAAUGUAAGAUGUGAUGUACCAUUAUAAUUGUGUAUAGUAUUUCUUAGAGAUGUUUAUUUUCUAUAAAACAAAUAUGUUAUUGCUUACAAAAGUUAUUAAAACGAUGAAUU